AAAGCUAUUUCAGUUCUCUUUAGUUCGUCCAGGGGCACAAAACACUAUCCACUUGGAAUGGGAACAAAAUCAGACGCUGUGCAGGAUUCUUCAGGUUAACUGUUUUCCUGUAAUCAACCGCCUCGGGUUCGGAAAUAAUAACAGGGCUAACCAGCAUGGACGGAGAGGAAACGGGAGUCCAGAACAUGAGAACAGGCGACGUUUACAGGGUGGACAGAAAUCUCCCCAAACGUUUCAACCAUCCAGAUUGCUUUAAGGGCUACGGGAAGAAAGUUCACCCACUCUAUCGAACAACAAACCAGACAUAUGGCAGCCAAAAGCCUACGGUUCACGAAAUGCCAACAACCUUCCACGGAAGCCGGCGGACAUUUUCUGAGGACCUUUUGCAGACUGGAAUGUUCCGAGAUAACGGCUUCAAUACGGCACUAGAGAGGAGUGGGAUCACUGAGCCCAACGCCAUUGCCGUGUUCCAAGAUAGAAUAACCUUUCACCUUUCAGACCACAUUACCAAAAUCAAUCAAACCGAGUCUAACGUGGACUAAAUACAGCGUAGCUAGUCAGGCACACAUCCUGUAUCCUGUGUAAGUUUUUUUUUUUUUUUUUUUUAAGAAAAAUAAAUGCAGUUUGAAUGAUGUUACCUUAAAUAUACACCCAUACAUUGAUGCCCAUACACUUUAGGAACAUACAGUGGUUGAUGCAGAUGAUUUUGCCCAUGUAAUUGUGAUGUGAAUUUCCUGUUCCAGUACAUCUCAGAGGUAUGCUACUGCAUGGAGAUCUGUUAGCUGGGCACAACAGGCAUGUACAGUUCAGUCUCUGUCAUUUUCAUGGAUUCAGUUUGUGACAAUGCUUGUUUUGCUUUUUUCACACGGUAAGUUGUCCUGUUCCAACUGUGGGCAUCACCAGUGGUUGGGUAUCAUGGCACUGCGGAAGUGUUCAAGGGCUGUUCAGUUGGCAUUAGGGCUUUAUGCGCACCGAGAACAUUUCCCGCAUGCCCACAGACGCCAGCAACCUGUAUUGGUGCCACCUGACAGGUGGACUCCUGAUGAUGUCAUAGCGUCAUAUCAUAAUAAGCUGCUGCCACCUGCAUAUCCCCAGACCGGGCCAUGUUUUUCUGAUCAUCACAUGGAUGACUGUGGGACCACCAUCACCUGUCAGUUUAGUUGGCAGUUAGCCGUUAUGCGAGUACUUUUUGUUUUUGUGUUAACAUGAGUCUGGCCACUUUCUUCAGCCACUCAGCAAUUGUUUUUUUUGGCGGGUUUCUGUGCCGCACCACCCUCUGGUGGGGGGUGUAGCAGGUCAAAGUGCCAUGGGCACGCCUGCACCUGAGAUGUUGCUGCUUACAUCUCACCUGUUGUAAUGUCUGAUCCAGCAGGAAGGAAACCUACAGGCCACGUCUGCAUAUGUACUGCAUUAUAGCCACAUGACUCAGUGUUUGUGAAGUGGACUAUUUGUGUUAAUGAGAAGGUGUUCCUAAUUAAAUGGCCACUAAAUGCAUCA